CCGGGGGCGGGCAGGGGCUCGGGGCCCGGGGCUGGCAGCCGGCCGGCGCCCCCUUCUUCGUAUGCGCCUAACGGCGGCGGGCGGCGCGGAGCGGCGUGCCCUACAGCCGCGAACCCGGGCGGCGGCGGCGGCGGCACCUGCCGGCCGAGGUCCUGAAACUGGGAGAGGAAUCCAUUUCUGCUGAAUGGAAGGGUCCAGACACAGAUACAGUCAGGACAGGUUGUGGUUUUGCUUGUGCAAUCCUGAAGGCUUGCCAGCUCGGAAGGGCGUCCAGCAUUUCUGGAGGCAGAGCAGGGAAUCACCUGAAUUCCAGCCGGUGCUUGGAUCAGGAGAGAGGCUGGGAACUGCGAGCGCAUGGUGAUCGAUGCUCGAUGCCAAGUGAAUACAGCUGUGUGAAACCCAGAAGCGACUGCUCCAGGCCUCCUCUGCAAUGGUGCCCUCGAGCCCAGAGCAAGAUGAGAAGACCCAGCUUGUUGUUAAAAGACAUCCUCAAAUGCACACUGCUCGUGUUUGGCGUGUGGAUCCUUUACAUCCUCAAGUUAAAUUACACCACCGAAGAAUGUGACACGAGAAAGAUGCAUUAUGUGGACCCUGACCGCGUGAAGAGAGCUCAGGCAUAUGCUCAGCAAGUCUUGCAAAAGGAGUGUCGCCCCAAGUUUGCGAAGACGUCCAUGGCACUCUUAUUUGAGCACAGGUACAGCAUGGACCUGCCACCUUUUGUGCAAAAAGCCCCCACAGCGAGUGAAGCUGAGUACAAGUACGAUCCUCCUUUUGGAUUCCGGAAGUUCUCCAGUAAAGUCCAGAGCCUUCUGGAAAUGCUGCCUGAGCACAACUUUCCGGAACACUUGAAAGCCAAGAGUUGUAGGCGGUGUGUGGUAAUCGGAAGUGGCGGAAUACUGCACGGGCUCGAGCUGGGCCAUGCUCUGAACCAGUUUGAUGUUGUGAUAAGGUUAAACAGUGCACCCGUUGAGGGAUAUUCAGAGCAUGUUGGAAACAAAACUACUAUCAGGAUGACGUACCCAGAGGGCGCUCCACUGUCUGACCUCGAAUAUUAUUCCAAUGACUUGUUUGUUGCCGUUUUAUUUAAGAGUGUUGACCUCAACUGGCUUCAAGCAAUGGUAAAAAAUGAAACCCUGCCGUUCUGGAUGCGAAUCUUCUUUUGGAAGCAAGUGGCAGAAAGAAUCCCACUGCAGCCAAAACAUUUCAGGAUUUUGAAUCCAGUCAUUAUCAAAGAGACUGCCUUUGACAUCCUUCAGUACUCAGAGCCUCGGUCAAGGUUCUGGGGCCGAGACAAGAACGUCCCCACGAUCGGCGUGAUCGCCGUUGUCCUGGCCACACACCUGUGCGACGAAGUCAGCCUGGCGGGUUUCGGCUAUGACCUCAGUCAGCCGCGGACGCCUCUGCACUACUUUGACAAUCAGUGCAUGGCUGCCAUGAACUGGCAGACCAUGCACAACGUGAGCACGGAGACCGAGUUCCUCCUCAGGCUGAUCAGAGAGGGCGUGGUGAAGGACCUCAGCGGGGGCAUCCACUGUGAAUUCUGAACACCCACCACCUCACUUGGAGACGCAGCUCGGACCCAGCCUGCCUUUGAACAGCCUUCUGGGUGCAUUGCAUCGUGCAGACGCUUUGAAGUGCAGCUGGUGUUUUUAACUUUGAAUUAAGGCAAAGAAAGAAAAAAACCAUCUAGCUCUUCCCAUUUUUUUUUCUAUUUAUUUGAAGUCAGUGUUUGUUUUUGCACAAUGUUUUGUAAAUUAAUUUUAGGAAUGGAACUGAAAGACUCUUGAAACAGGGCUGUAUGUGAUGAUGUUUUAUUGUAUUUUAGGAGAGUAAUUGAAUUUGUGAAAACUCUGUCCACGUACAGCGCACAUCUGCUCUUGCGUGAUUGCGUGGAAGGAGGCGGGAGGCCCGCCUUCGGUGACAGCACUGAAUGCCUGGUUCUGCUUCCCCGCCACUGUUCUCUCUGUUGGGGUGAUGUGCUCAGUAGCUAGACCCCUAGCAGCUGUGUGGGGCCUGGGCCGGCUGGACAAGUUCAUGGCCCCUGUCCACGGCUCUGCCCUCUGCCAGCCAACUCCAGCAACCAGCGGGGGAAGCUGUCUCCGAGGUCGCUGGUCAGGAAGGGACACAAAAGACAGUCUGUGUCCUCUGAGUACUGUGAAGCCACCAUCUUCCCAGCAAUUAGGACAACUCUGGAAUUUCUUGAGAGUUUUUCUACUGCUCUUCUAAAGCACUUGAGUGUUAGCUAAGAUGUUCCAGCGUCUAUCUGGUUAUAAAAAUUAAGACAAAACUUUGAUUAUCCAGAAUCAUGGCGGGAAGUAACCUUUUCCAGAGGGGAAUAAAAAAGUUACAUUUUCUGAAACACUGAAAUGAAAUUCUCCCAGUGUUAUAAAUCGCCUAUUUAAAAAAAUUUUUUUUAAGUGAGUUUUUUUUUUUUAAUGUCUGCCUGGCAAUAUGUACCAGGCAGUGUGUCAGUCAAAAAACUAAAUAAAUAAACGAGAAAGGAAUGAAAGGAAAAGAAAUAAAAGCUUUGGAGGACCCUAA